AUGCGUCGCUCAUCAACCCGUAAUCGCUCCAGUUCCGUAGCGGGCACAGCAUUUAGUUUAAAUGCCAUGAAUGCUGCAACCACCAAUGCUGCUGCUAAUCUAAAUGGUAGAGUAUCGAACUCAUCCUCACCAAACCCAACAGAGAGCACUGAUUAUUAUAAUACCCGUCGAGAAUCACUUAUAAAACCCACUUGGCAACACAUCACGCCUGGACAAAUACCACCAAAAACUUUGGAUAAAAUAAAUGGCAUCACAUCCGAUGAUUCUGAUGAUGAUGACUUUCCGAAACGUCCCAGUAUUGUGAUGCAUUACUAUACCAAUAACAAUAACAAUAGCCAAUUGCAUUUGGGCAACAAUAGUAAUAGUGGUGGGCUAUUGGCACGUAAGGAGUCUAUAGCUUUUAAUGCGCGUUGUGCAACUGAUUUGCUUGCUCAUAAAGAUACAUCGACCGUAACAAAAUUGUUCAGUGGCAGUAGUGGAAGUGGCAAUGCUACUGGGACUGCUGUAGCUGGUAACAGCAGUAAAGUUAGUGAUGUGGAUACUACUACUGCUAUUGAUGAUGGAAAUGGUGGCGUUAAUCUAUGUAAAAAUGCUGGACGUGCGCUUAUGCGUAUGAUAACGAACCAGGCCACAAGUAGUGUUGAUGAAGAUGACUAUGACGUUUUGGGGAAGGUGAAGAACUUUGUUGCAAUGAUUUUCAAUUAA